CAGCUAUUGUCUAUCGUCAGUCGUAAGGAUUUAUGCAAGAAAUGCUUUAAACGCUAGAUCCAUCGGCAUUAACUUCAAAGCGCCAGGGUUCUCGUAAACAGAGACUUUUUAUAAUUUCCGCUUAAGAGUUUAUGAGACCAUUCUACGUUUCUUCCUUGAGGCUAGCGAACGAAAGGAAACCAUCUUUUCUGAGUUUCCUAUUUCUUACUUCUUGGCCCUCCGUUUAAGCAUGGGAUACAAAAAUAUGAUUCCAUAUGCAUUAUUCUUAGAAAUAUUGAGAUGAAACAGAAGUCGAAAACAGAAGACUCUUUUCCUGUUAAAGGUGCCAACCGCGAGAACCUUCCCAUCAUAAAAAUCAUCGCAUACCCAUAUGCAUGUUUUAGAAGGAGAAAAAGAAGAAAACAAAAACAAAAACAAUAAGAGGUAAAGGAUUUGGGCAAUCUUUUACAAAACACUGGCGUUGCAUCUAAAAAGCCUAUUGAAAUCGUGAAUAGUGAAGCAUCUAAGUAGCUUUUAUCUUGUAUAAAAAUUUUGAUCUUUCGGACUCGUAUGAAUAGACAUUCCACGAUGAUUUUUAGGAGAAUUUUCAAGAGCCGUAAUGGUAAUGACCGAUCAAGGAAAGAACGGGCCUUGGUUUUCAAAAUUGACUGGUUUAUAUUGUCAUAUUGCUGUGUUUCGUUUUUUAUCAACUAUCUUGACCGUUCUUCAAUUAACAAUGCUUAUUUGAGCGGAAUGAAAGAAGAUUUAAAGAUGUACGGAAAUGAAUUACAAGACAUCAAUGUCGUCUUUACCUGUGGGUAUAUUAUAGGACAAAUACCUGGAUCUUAUGCAUUACAGAAAGUACCAGCAAGAUUAUGGUUUUCAGUGAUGAACUUGAUUUGGGGAAUUAUGACCAUACUAUCCUUCACGGUUCAUUCCGUUCCCUCAAUGAUGGCAUUACGCUUCUUCAUGGCCAUCGCAGAGGCUUCCACUUUUGCGGGUACUCAUUACAUCUUGGGCGCUUGGUACAAAGGAAGUGAGAUUUACAAACGAGCCGCUAUAUUCUCCAUAUCUGGUUUGAUUGGAACUAUGUUUGCAGGAUAUUUGCAGACCGCUGUUCAUUCAUCAUUGGAUGGAAUAUGCGGUAUGGCAGGAUGGCGAUGGCUUUUCAUAAUUGAUGGAUUGUUAACGAUACCGUUGGCUUUUUAUGGAUACUUUUUGUUUCCAGACGUCCCCCAGACAACGAAAGCACCCUACUUCACAGAGGAAGAAAAGCAGCUUGCAAUAAAGCGGCUUCCUGAUAUUCCAAAGAAAAAGCCAAUAACCAUAAAUUCACUAAAAACUAUCUUACGAUCUUGGCGCAUCUAUGGUUUAUCGAUUCUUUGGCUUUUUAGUGGAGAAACCCAAGCAAUUGCCGUCAAUGUACUUAUGGGCCAAUGGAUGAAAGCCUCCAAAGAGUUUACUGUUGCUCAAAUUAACAACUAUCCUACAGUCAUCACUGCUGUGGGUGUUGUUUCUACCUUGGGGGCCAGUAUAUUGUCAGAUAAGCUCAGUGGACGUACUCGAUGGCCAUUCGGCUUAUUUUUGUUCAUUGUAACUUUGAUCUCUGCUUCUAUAUUGUUAGCAUGGAACGUACCUUAUGGACUUAAGCUCUUUGCUUAUUUUCUCUCGGGAUGUACGUACGCUGGACAAGCUGUUUGGUUUUCGUGGGCCAACGAUGUCUGCCGUGAUAAUGAUCAAGAAAGAGGAGUCGUUGUUUUCACUAUGAAUAUGGUGCAAAAUGUCUGGCAUAUAUGGUGGGCACCAGUCAUGUAUCCCAAUACGGAUGCCCCGAGGUUUAUAAAAGGUUAUAUUGCCUUGCUAGUCGUUGGUGGAUUUACAUUGCUUUCCUCGUGUAUAGUAAGCUUCAUGCAAAUGAGAGACAAGCGUAUAAAGCGUGUUCAACAAGAUGCUAAAGAAGAGCAGAGCUCAACAUCCGUCGACAUGACAGAGGACAAUGCAAUCAAAAUAGACAGUUUGGAAGCCAGCAAAGGCAGCAAAACCUUUACAGAAGACGAUUCCGUUCUAAAAGCCCCUAACAUUGUACUUACACGCCAAAAAAUUUUAAAGCCUGAUGAAAUAUAAGAGAUCAUUCAAAUCGUUUUCGUUGUAUAAAUAAUAAAUUCUCUUCUAUCUAAAACACAC